GGUGCGAUGGCGCAGAAACCCCGUUGACAAGGCACUGCUUUUUCAUGACGGUGCGGGAUUACAAGCAUGUGCCGCCAUGCCCAGAUUCUCAUGUCACUUUUGAUGAAAAGCUAUUAUUCAAGUUGUCAUGGACGAUGAUGACGACUCCUGUCUCCUUGAUCUUAUUGGAGACCCACAAGCAUUGAACUAUUUUCUACAUGGACCUAGUAAUAAAUCUAGCAGCGAUGACUUGACGAGCGCAGGCUAUGCUGCCGCCAACUCAAAUUCAAUUUUCGCCAACUCCACUAAUGCUGAUCCUAAAUCAUCCCUCAAAGGUGUGAGCAGCCAGCUUGGAGAAGGGCCCAGUGAUGGACUGCCGCUCUCAAGUAGCCUUCAGUUUCUUGAAGAUGAACUUGAGUCUUCUCCUCUCCCUGACCUCAGUGAGGACCAGCCUUUCGACAUUCUUCAGAAAUCCUUGCAGGAGGCUAACAUCACUGAGCAGACAUUGGCCGAGGAGGCGUAUUUGGAUGCCAGUAUAGGCUCAAGCCAGCAGUUUGCACAAGCUCAGCUCCAUCCGUCUUCAUCAGCGUCCUUCACUCAGGCUUCUAGCGUUUCUAAUUACUCAGGUCAGACUCUGCAGCCUAUCGGGGUGACGCACGUGCCUGUUGGAGCAUCGUUCGCAAGCAAUACAGUGGGUGUGCAGCAUGGCUUUAUGCAACACGUGGGGAUCAGUGUGCCCAGCCAGCACUUGCCUAAUAACAGUCAGAUUAGUGGUUCUGGGCAGAUACAAUUAAUUGGGUCAUUUGGGAAUCAGCCUUCCAUGAUGACUAUCAAUAACCUAGAUGGAUCUCAAAUCAUACUGAAGGGCAGUGGGCAGCAAGCCCCGUCAAAUGUGAGUGGAGGGCUUCUGGUUCACAGACAGACCCCUAAUGGCAACUCCUUGUUUGGGAACUCCAGCUCCAGCCCCGUGGCACAGCCUGUUACCGUUCCUUUUAACAGCACAAACUUUCAGACAUCUUUGCCCGUGCAUAACAUCAUCAUUCAAAGGGGUCUUGCACCAAAUUCAAAUAAAGUCCCAAUUAACAUUCAGCCAAAGCCUAUCCAGUUGGGUCAGCAGAAUACCUACAAUGUGAACAGUCUGGGAAUCCCACAGCACCACGUCCAACAAGGAAUCUCUUUCGCCCCCGCCAGCUCGCCCCAAGGCUCCGUUGUUGGUCCACAUAUGUCUGUGAACAUUGUAAACCAACAGAACGCGAGAAAGCCCGUCACCUCGCAGGCAGUGAGCAGUUCCGGGGGCAGCAUUGUCAUUCAUUCCCCUAUGGGCCAGCCUCAUGCACCCCAAAGUCAGUUCCUCAUACCUACAAGCCUUUCUGUCAGCUCCAACUCGGUACACCACGUCCAGACCAUAAAUGGGCAACUCCUUCAGACCCAGCCGUCUCAGCUCAUCUCUGGCCAAGUGGCCUCAGAGCAUGUCAUGUUGAACAGGAAUUCUUCGAACAUGCUCAGGACCAACCAACCAUAUUCUGGACAGAUGCUCAACAGCCAGAACACCGCUGUCCAGCUGGUGUCUGGGCAGACCUUCGCCACCUCCGGAAGCCCCGUGGUAGUCAAUCACACGUCCCCCCAGAUCGUUGGCGGACAGAUGCCCUUGCAGCAGGCAUCACCAACGGUGUUACACCUGUCCCCGGGGCAGAGCAGCGUUUCCCAAGCAAGACCAGGCUUCAGCACCAUGCCCCCCGCGACAAGCAUGUCAGGACCUUCUCGCUUCCCCGCCGUCAGCUCAGCCAGCACCGCUCACCCGAGUCUCGGGUCGGCCGUGCAGUCUGGGUCAUCAGGAUCAAACUUUCCCGGAGAUCAGCUGACCCAGCCAAACAGGACUCCCGUGCCAGUCAGCGGGUCUCACCGUCUUCCAGCCUCUUCUUCCAAAUCUACCAGCACCUUCAGUAACGCGCCCGGAGCCGGCGCUCAGCAGCAGUUCUUCUGCCAGGCUCAGAAAAAAAGUUUGAAUCAGACCUCCCCCAUUUCCACUUCCAAGACGCCAGACAGCCUGAGGCAAGCGCAGAUCCCUGGACUCUUGAGCACCGCACUGCCAGGGCAGGAUUCUGGAAGCAAAGUCAUGCCAGCAUCCUUAGGAACCACACAGCCACAGCCGGAAAAAGCACUUGGAGCAUCUCCUGGCCAGCCAACAGUGCAGGUGGACGGUCACUCAGGGGGACAGAAAAGGCCUGCUGCAGAACAGCUAACUAAAGGAGCAUUCAUCCUCCAGCAGUUACAGAGGGACCAAGCCCAUGCUGUGACGCCUGACAAAAGCCAGUUCAGAUCACUGAGUGACGCGGUACAGAGACUGCUCUCCUACCACGUGUGCCAGGGCUCCAUGCCCACAGAGGAAGACCUGCAGAAAGUGGACAAUGAAUUUGAAACGGUUGCCACUCAGCUCCUAAAAAGGACCCAAGCUAUGUUGAACAAAUACAGAUGCCUGCUUCUAGAAGAUGCCAUGCGGGUCAACCCCUCAGCCGAGAUGGUGAUGAUCGAUAGAAUGUUCAACCAGGAGGAAAGGGCCUCCCUGUCUCGGGACAAGCGUCUGGCACUCGUAGACCCGGAGGGUUUUCAGGCAGAUUUCUGUUGUUCCUUCAAACCCGGCGAAACUGCGCAGGACACCCCGUGUGACCGGAGCGACCAGCCGGGCAGCAAGACAGCCAGCUCCGUCCCCUCGGCGCCCACGGGCCCCAGCAGAGACCGAGGCAAGCCGGGCCUGGCCGAGGCCGCGCGCGACCCGUUUCCUGCAGUGCCUAAUCACGUCGUGGUCUCCGCGGAGGGCAGCAUCUCCGCGCCGGCCCCGGACUGCCUGGGCAGAACCCCGAAACUCGACAAGUACCGGGGCGCGCCCGAGGAGAAGGGCGGCCGGCGGGAGCCCAGGGCGGGCGCGCGGGCGCCGUCGCCGGGUGCGGGUCCCCGCAGGGCCCCGGCGCGGCCCGACCCCGAGGGGCGCGGCGCUGGCGGCGGCCUGGGCAACUCGCACCCCGACGAGCCCUUCGCGGCGCGCGGCUCUCCAAAGAGCGAGGUUUUGCACACGGACGUCAUGAAGGGGUCGGGCGAGCCGCAGCCCGACCUCCAGCUCGGCCGCAGCCUGGAGAGCACGUUCAAGAACAUUCUGGAACUGAAGAAGGCCGGGCGGCCGCCCAGCGACCCGGCCGGGAGCGGCUCGGUGGAGCUGGACUUCCCCAACUUCUCGCCCAUGGCCAUGGCCGCGCCGCAGGAGAACUGCCUGGAGAAGUUCAUCCCGGACCACAGCGAAGGCGUGGUGGAGACGGACUCGAUCCUGGAAGCCGCUGUAAAUAGUAUCCUCGAGUGUUAAUAGCCGCCCGCCCGCCCCAUCCUCCCGCACAAGCAAACGGACGGUCGCCUGCCUCACCCGCUUGGUCCUUCGCACAGGUCGUUCUUUCUAAGCCCAGCCCUGGUCGUCGUUUAAGAGCAAUACUCGGCGCUCACCGGGAGAUCCUCCGUGACCGGUCCUUGUCCGACCGGCCCCGCGCCGCGCGCGCUGGGAAAGUGCUUAUGGCCCUCCUCGUCGUCCUUGUUCUGUUUGCGUGUUUUCUUUAACGCUCACUCAGUGAGAACGCAGUACACUUGGCCCUGGGUAAAAUUUUGACAAUCAUUAAGUCACUUGAAAAGAAUAGACUUUAUUAAAGAAAAAAUCAAACGGGACUAAUAGAAGCUACUUUUUAAAGUAUCUCACUGCAGCUCCAAAAUAGUGUUUUCUUU